AUGAAAGAGGAGAUGCGUAAAUUGAAACAACAAAUGGCUGAAAUGCAUCAGGCCUGGUCUCAGGGGCAUCCGACACCAGUAUAUCCCGCCAAUCCAUCGUAUAUCCCGCCUUUGGUUCAAGUUCAGGAGCCUCCCACUGCCAAUUCAUCUCCAGCCUUCCCUUACUACAUACAGGGAUAUGGCACUACUUCCUAUGCUCCCCAACCUCCACCGCCCAAACAAAACCCUCCACCACCAAUUGCCCCUAUCUUUGUGGCACCUCCACCUGCCACACUGCAAAGAUCAUCCAAGGAGCCUUUGUUUCAAACCCACGAUGACCAAUAUUAUCCCCCUAAACCCACUUUUAAAGCUCCUGAGCCAUAUACCUAUACACCCCAUUUUUCAGAUCCCGAAAGAAGUUCAGAAACCGGCUAA